AGGCACUUUGGGACGUGCAGCUUAAGGUGCAGACAUGGCCAAGUCCAAGAACCACACCACACACAACCAGUCCCGAAAAUGGCACAGAAAUGGUAUCAAGAAACCCCGAUCACAAAGAUACGAAUCUCUUAAGGGGGUGGACCCCAAGUUCCUGAGGAACGUGCACUUUGCCAAGAAGCACAACAAGAAGGGCCUAAAGAAGGUGCAGGCCAACAAUGCCAACGCCAUGAGUGCACAUGCCAAGGCUAUCAAGGCCCUCGUAAAGCCCAAGGAGGUUAAGCCCAAGAUCCCAAAGGGUGUCAGCCGCAAGCUCGAUCCACUUGCCUACAUUGCCCACCCCAAGCUUGGGAAGCAUGCUCGUGCCUGUAUUGCCAAGGGGCCCAGGCUGUGCCGGCCAAAGGCCAAGGCCAAGGAUCAAACCAAGGCCCAGGCUGCAGCUCCAGCUUCAGUUCCAGCUCAGGCUCCCAAAGGUACCCAGGCCCCUACAAAGCCUUCAGAGUAGAUAUCUCUGCCAACGUGAGGACAGAAGGACUGGUGCGACCCCCCCACCCCCGUCCCUGGGCUACCAUCUGCAUGGGGCUGGGGUCCUCCUGUGCUAUUUGUACAAAUAAACCUGAGGCAGGAAAAAAAAAAAAA